AUGGCGGAAGACAGCGGUGGACAAGACAGCAAUGAUCUUGGAACGGCAUAUUAUCGUUCCAGAGAUCCCAUAAAGAAUUUAAAAAUCAAAGUACACCUUAAGCGUGUUACCGGAACCAGUCUAGUCCCAACAGCUUUUGGCAACGAUGAGGCAGGUCCUAGUCAAGAGGGGAUGGCAUUGAGACCAAUGGGAAGUAAACAUUCCAUUAAAUCUCAAGCCAGGCCAGAAGACAAUGAAAUAUUUACCUUUAAAUGGCAGCAGAAGCUGUUCAGUUCCAGAGAAGUGGAUUUGUACAGAGAUAUGGAUAACUGUACACGCCCUGUGGAAGAGAAAUAUCAUCGAGAGAUCACGGCUCUGUAUGAAGGAGAUGGAAAACCUACUGCACGUCUCUUCUCUUAUGUUGAUCAUGAUUCAUUUGCCAGCAUAGAGGAGCAAAAUAUGGUGACAACAUCUUGCAACGAGACGCCAACCUUCCUAACAAAGAAGAUGGAGAAUGUGCGUAGGAGGAAACAAACAGACAGGAGAAGAGAUGGGUAUGGUCAGGCCAACUCUUUUCAGCCCAAAAUGAAUCCGGUUGUUGAGGAUCCAUCUGAUGAGCAUAAACGCAGUGCUCAUGUCAUCAACACACCUGUACAAACCAUGUACAUCAUGGCCGAUCUCAGCUCUGUAGAAGAUGAGUCUACAAUUCUAGAUGAGUAUAUUCUAUGCACCAUAAAGUAUGACACACAUGGUGUACUGUCUCUAACUCCAGACUUCAACCAUCACCGCUCCCCAUACACCAUUGUAACUGAGUCUACUCGACGAGACACGUUUGAAUACACUGUGCAACUUGCCUCUCAGGCCAUGGGUCAACGAGAUCAGGACAGGGAGGCUAAGAUGUUUCGGGAGUUGUAUCAGAGACAUGUGGAUUAUAUGGGAGCUAUGGUGGGACAUGACUUUGAGCAGGUUAUAUCAGGAAUAUUGAGGUUACUUGUUUAUGGUGAGAUCAUAUCGGCCAAAAACUACGAGUAUGAUAAUCUCUAUGUGCACUUUUUUGUGGAACUCCCCAAACAUUGGUCAGCUGACAGAUCCCAGCAGCUCUCCGGCGUCACACAGACAUGCAGCACAAAGGAAAUCAACAGAGAGAAUGUGGCAUAUUUCAGUUACCCAUUUGAUGUAGAGCUUUGUUACCGACAUGAAGAGGUGGGUCAAGAUGGUGAUAAUCCGGAAUUACUACCUCAAUGGCCUCAGAUCUUCCUAGAGGUUCUGUCUAUUGAUACGUGGCAGCGUUAUCGCACAGAGGGCUACGGGUACCUGACCAUUCCAUCAAAACCAGGUAUUCACACCAUUGAAGUACAAACAUGGCGUCCGUGUGGCCGUAAUGUCUUUGACAACAUGCGCCGAUUCUUCAUUGGCGGUUCACCUGAACUGGAGGACCCAACCUAUAUUUCUGUCCCGCCAACACACGAGGGCGCUGUGAUGAGCCGAUUUGGUUUCCAAACAGAGGCAACUGGGAGUGUAAAAGUGAAGUUGAAUUUACUGCAGCAGAGUCAAAUCUUCAUGGAAAAGUCCACUUCUAAGAAGAAGGUUGGAACAUUACUUGAUAGGCUUGGUGGUCUUACAAUGCAAGCAUCUGUCCAAAAUGUUCUUGAGUUGUUUCAGAAAGCUCGGAAGAGAAUGCAAGCAGCCAAAGAGACAUUGUCAACUAUUCAGUGAGGAAAGUCAGGGUCUUGCAAAUCCUGCUUCUUGAAGAAUAGCUGUGCAGUUAAAAUGCGCUCAGGUUAAGUGUGUCAGACCACCCACAAUGUCUAUUGUACAUUAUUGGUGUAUAUUGCCAUUUGCGAUGAUGCAUUUUCUAAAACAAAACUUGGUUGUAUAUUUUUGUUUAUAAAGUGUGUGUUAUUGGCUCAGUGACUUGUGACUGUUAUCAAUCUGUUUUUAGUAGUGAUUUGUCAGACUAUUUUGAGUACUGACUGUUGUCAGUCUAUUUUGCAUUAGGUAAGAUAUAACCUUGAAAUGAAAUAAAAUGAAACCUUUAAGUAACAGAUUCUAAAGUUGACUGCAGCAAGAUAUUUACCCCAAAUACACCUGACCUAGUCAUGUACAUUAAGUAUAAAAAUCUCCAUCAAUUUCAAGAAAGAUUUCAUAAGGAUUUUGUUUUUCUGAUUCUUAAACGUAUGGUUUAUAUUGAUGCAAGCUUGUUGCACAAAUGUUGAACAGUUGUUACUUACGAUUCCUCUUGUAAUAGAUGUUAAAUUUGCAUCAGGGAUAAAGAAUAUUCACUUUGGGUUUUUACCCACACACUUAUUUAGCAC